CGGGGCAAGUCCGGCGCCAAGCGCCUGGCCGGAGCCGCCUUCCCGGAGUCCUUUGCGCGGCACCUGGCGACAAAAUGGCUGCCCGAGGGAGACGGGCGGAGCCUCCGGGCCGGGAGGCGCCGGGCCCCGCGGGCGGCGGCGGCGUCGGGAGCCGAUGGGCUGAGUCUGGGCCCGGGACGUCGCCCGAGAGCGGGGACGAGGAAGCGUCGGGCGCGGGUUCUAGCCCGGUGUCGGGCGGUGUGAACUUGUUCGCCAACGACGGCAGCUUCCUGGAGCUGUUCAAGCGGAAGAUGGAGGAGGAGCAGCGGCAGCGGCAGGAGGAGCCUCCCCCGGGCCCGCCGCGACCCGACCAGCCUGCCGCCGCCGCCGCCGCCGCGGGCCCUGGGGAUCUGAAGAGGAAGGGCGGCCCGGGCCCUACGCUCAGCUUCGUGGGCAAGCGCAGAGGCGGGAACAAACUAGCCCUCAAGACGGGAAUAGUAGCCAAGAAGCAGAAGACGGAGGAUGAGGUAUUAACAAGUAAAGGUGAUGCGUGGGCCAAGUACAUGGCAGAGGUGAAAAAGUACAAAGCCCAUCAGUGCGGCGAUGAUGAUAAAACUCGGCCCCUGGUGAAAUGACCCCCUUCCCCCGCCUGCCUACGGCCUGGGACUCUCUGCGAUGUACAUAACUAUUUAAUGCAGCGGCAGCGGCGGCAGCCUUUCCCCUCCCCAAGGACUUCUACACAGAAGGAAAUCGAGAUGCUUCCCGCAGCCGCGGACGAUUCUCCAGGACUCUUUUUUACCUUGAGCACUUGCCUCCUGAGACUUCAUAGAACAGUGGUUUACUGUCCCCUCUCCUCCUACCUCCUCGCUCUCUCUGGCUUUUUCUGUCUUCCUCCCCAUCCCACCCACCCACCCCACCCCACCCCACCCCUUAGCCAUCACUUCUGGGAAGUAAAGAACUUGACUUAGUGC